AAAGAGUGGUAUUCGCAACCCCGCAUUCUCAUCCUCUCGUAUAUAUAUAGAUACGGCGACUAUGGUGAUUUGAAAGUGAAGUCCAUAAGCCCAGAUCUCCGCAGUGAAAGACCAAUAUUAUUCUUACAAGGAAAUUGCUAAUUAUAGUUGGAGGCCGGGUUCUGUGUUCAUGCAAUGGGUUUGUGCUUCUCUCGUUUGAAGAACACACAUACGAGCUGGUCUACGAAAGUUCUUCAGUUUCAAGGCCUUCGAUAUGAUAAAUAUAAGGUGGUUGGAGGGCUAUGUUACGAUCCAUCCAUGUUAGAUCACAAAGUUGUGUUGUUGCUGUUUAGUCGUGAUCGUCAAUUUGUUAUUGUUUCAAGCCUCAAAAGCAAAGUGUGGCGAGAAGUGUCUUUCCCGUAUAACUAUUGUACUUCCCGAGGUGGGGUGGGCUUUAACAACAACCUCCAUUGGAUAGUGAGUGACAUCAAGCAUGAAUAUUUAGAUCGUUUAUUUCGAUGUGGUUGAUGACGGAUUCAAAAUAAUGCCCUCUCCUAUGCCGAUUCAUGAGGAAGAAGAAGACUCGAUAGUUGGCACGGGAAUCAUAGAUGGAUGUUUCUGCAUGGCUCGAAAGGAUGAAAAGACGCAAGUGAUCCAAGUCUUACUUAUGAAAGAAUAUGGAAAACAAGAGUCUUGGGUCACGGCCUUUGUAAUCCCCUUAUUGCGAUUUCAACCAUAUGCGGAUUACAACCUCGAGUUUUUGUCUCAAAAUGGAAAGGUAUUCAUAUUGGUGAAGGGUAGUUAUUACACGGAAACAUAUGUGUAUGAUGUCACAGAAGACAAACUAGAACACACGUUGCUUUUCCGUGGUGAAGUUAAUGUUGGAUGCGUUCUUGGUAUUUGUUUUUACAUUGAAAGUUUUUAUUUGCCAAAUGAUGUGAGUUGGAGGGAUAAUCCAUGAUGAGCACAACUGCAGUUAGGUUUUGAAAUGUUUUAAAAUAUUUGUACUUUAUGACUAAAUAAAUAUUUAUUGUGGCUUCAGGAAUCAGGAUAUCAAUAUUCAAUAUAUCAAUUCAAGAGGCCGGCCAAGAGCAUAAGACUAAUGGAUUUUUAUGAUGCAGAUAUUUCUAGUGCUUUUGGACUCAAACGCCUAUAUAUUAUAAGAAGGUUUGGAGUCUUUAGACUUGAAAAGCGAGUUUUUUCAAUUCCUUUUUGUGAAAAUACUUGUAUUCUAUAGAGUUACACUCUUAUUCUGUCAUGUUAAGCAGGACCCCAAAAAUCAGUUACCCAACCCUGUAAAUCAACCAAUGGUUUUUUUAACCUGUCUUAAGUUUUAACCAAUUCCAUUAGCUAGCCUUCCACAGUGUCAAAAUUAUGACCAUUUCCAUUUGUAGAAAUUUCAG